CAUUCUCGUGUCGCUUCCGGGUGGCCACACAAGACCGAUCCAGCGAGCCGUCGUUACCUUAACGUUGUAAACAAAAGUUACUGAACGGUUUAACUUCAGCGACACUUGGAACGAAAAGACAUGCAUAUCAAAACAAGUUCAUGGGAAGCCAGUAACACUGUGUGCGAGUCCGAUACCCUGUGUGACCCAGCAGUCCUUGUUUCAGCCACCAACUCCGAGCCGCACAUUCGCAACCGCCGCCUGUCUCCUGGCUCGGGCAACUGUGGAGGUGGUGGGGGUGGAGGCUGCAUCUCUGGAGGUGACCAACAGCCCCGACAGCUUUCACCCGAAGGCGAACUGAUCGGAGCCGGCCACACACACGCCUUGACCUUCCGCAGGGAAAAAGAGCGCAGGGGCCAGCAGCACAAAGGCCGCAGCCUCCGCAGGGAAAGCCAGAAAGGCGUCAGCCGAGUGAGCGAGCGGCCACAAAAGGGUAUCCAAAAGGAGAGGUGGGUGGAGGACAGUCUGUCACUGCUCAAGCCCCCACCCGCCUUCCCAGUGCAGGACAGCCCCGCCAAGCUGCAGCCUGCCGUCAGCUACGCCUCCAAGGUGAAGGCGGGGGCAGCAAGCGGAACACUGGAGGAGGACCGGCCUGCCAUCGGCGUGCUGCUACAGAACCAGUGGGGUCUCAGUUUCAUCAGCGAGGCGAGGCCGGCCACGGAGGGCCCCAGCACUCGCCCCGCUACCAACGCCCUCCACCCUCAACCCACAGACGCCGAACAGUCAGCAGAGCUAACAUUCGAGACAGUUCUCACAAUCCAGCCCCCCGAAGUAACUCCUAUUCCAGUCGCUACCUCUAUCAUCCCCACCGCACGCCCAGAGGUGGACGAGAGCAACGGGAAGCUGCUGCUUAGUUGUCGCCAUCUAGUGGAGGCUUUGAAUUAUCACAGUAGAGAAUGGAAUGCUAUUUGUAACAAACAGAAAAAAGUUCCAAAAAAGGUAGUUUGGUAUAAGGAGAGCCAGGAACACCCAGCCUAGCAGUGUGACAGACCCAAAGCAUAUGUAAACACACAACAUACACCUACAUGCACAUUAAAACACGUAAAGAUGGACACAUUUUUGAGUCCCGUUCACACACACUGCACUCAGGAUGAUGUCUUCACACAAAGCCACACUGACACUUUGGACUAACUCCUUUGAGAUCUUACAGCAAUGGACUUUUUUAACGCCUUACAGAAAGCCUGCCUUAAUUAAUCAGACCUGUUUUCAUCACCUCUCAUUACCAUUUUUAGCUUGUAUGUGUAGAGCUGGUAUUUUUUUCUCCUUUUUUUUUUUUUUAACAAUCUCUGAGGAGCUGUAAUUUAAUUUCCCCCCUGUUGAAAGCUGCAGUUUUAUCAAACUUUUUGUGUCCUCUGUAAAGCGAGCGGUCAAUCAAGCACUUUGUUAAAAAGAAUCUGUUGUGACCAAUCCCUGUGUGCGAGAAACCCUCAUCAGAGUGAUUUAUCCCCCCUCCCCUCCCUUCUCCAUUACAACACCUGCUUGAGUUUUAUGGUUAUUGUAUGCAGAGGACUUGUGUAUCCGUGUCUUCAGUUUACAGAGGGGUGUAGUCAAAGGCACAGUAGAGUUCACCCUUUACCCCUGUCAGAUCUUAAUGCUGUGUUCCUUUUCUUUGUUUUUAUUUGGUUCCCUAAUCGGGCGAAUGUUGCUCAUGAAUCCAUAAGGGAUCUCACCAUGUUCAGUAUGUUGAUUUUUGAAAAGAAUUUAUUGAAUAAAAAAAAUUUACACUGGAGAAAGAGGAGGAAUGUAAGUGAACAGUAUUGCUUAAUAAAAAUGAAUAAACUUGA